UUCACGAGAAUAUCUCUCUGGUGUGAAUUCGGCUGGUACCCCGUGUUGCUCGGCACGAUGUUGGUCAUUUCGCUCUAAGAAUUGCUGGCAACAGCUUCUUCAGGUAGCAGAAGGCCUUAAAGAAGCCCUGAAGAAGUUUCAAGCCGUGUGGAGGAGAAACGUCAGAAAUCAGGCGGAAUAUCACGCUGCACGACCCGAAAACACAGAGCAGCACAACCGCGAAGACACAGGCAUCAGGGUGCUUGAUGAUAAUGUCUAUUCGAGUCUGGCUGAUGCAGCUUUGUAAAAAAAAAAAUUGUUGGUUCGGGGAUAUCUUGCGCGGGUGCCAGCCGGACGUUUGGCGAGCUUCUUCACUCGCCUGUUCGUUUGUUCGCUUGUGCAGAUGGGUCAGGGCGAGUAUUUUGGCUCGCUGGAGUGCAGCUCGCCCGAGUGGAGGGACGGUGGCCGGUCCGACUGCCGCGUGCUGAGCGUCACCACCGAGUCGCCCUGUGAGCUGAUGCGGGUGUCUGCCAGCGAAUACGUCCGCAUGCGGGAGCGCAUUGCGACGCAGGAUCGCAUGGCCAAGAGGAGUUUGAUCCAGGCCUGCCCUGGAUAUGAGGACUGGCCUGCGCUUCCCAUCGCUCACUUGGCUGGUCUCCUCCAUUGGAAAACCAUCCCGCCCCAACACAGUGCGUACAUCUGCAUCCUGAAGACAUCCCAUGGGAAUGGUGCAGUGGUUUGUGCAACGCACUUCAGACCUGAUGCCCUGCAUUUGUUUUAUCCCAGGCCAUCGUUACAAGCAGUGAUGAGUGGCAUCCGAAUCUGUGUUGAACCUUCUCACCCCCCCCCACCAAACACCACCCAACACUGACUUCAACAACCUGCACUGACCAACAUGGUGAAAUAUGGGCAUGCAAAUCCCAUAGCCAACAUGGCGUCAUAAAAAAAACAUGUAUAUUUGGCAUCUCAUGACGUAAAGCAUCUCUAGACACUGUACAGUAACAACUAUUUACAUCAUGGGGAAGGAGGCAAUCAUCCAACAGUAGAUUGACAAAGGCUCUAAGUUAUAUUCAUAUUAUACCAACGGACAACGAAUCUCAAUGCACACUCAUAUGGUUAAAUACAUUUCAUCAAUCAAAUUCAAAUGCCAGCUCCUCCAAAUGCAGGCUCUGGGUGCUGCACUGUGGUGCCAUUGCUGGGAGUAAAAAAGGGUUAAACUUUAUACGCUCGUCCUCCUUAGGGGUGAUGAGUAGUUGUGGUUCCAAUUUAAUAGCAUCUCAUUUGCAUCUCACUGCCAGAGAUCGCUAAUUGGUUUGUCGGCUAUUAUAAGCCUCGAUGGUGCAAACCAAUUUCAUCUGCCUUAUUAUAAAACAGCAAAGUAAUUACAGUCAGUUAUAACAUGGCCAUUGUAUUUGAUGGAGGAACAUGUUGAUUCACGAGGCAGUAAGCUGCAGCUAAAUAACUUUUAGAAAUAAGGAGGCGCUCUAGAUUUUGAUAUUGUAGAGCCCAUUUAAAGCAGCACAUCUAAUGUGAUUUUGUUCACGGGGGUGCUUUGGUUUGAAUUCAGCAGCCUUGGGCAAUUAUAUUUAGUAAAGUGCUAAUUAUUUUACUAUAUUAAGCUUAUUACAGUAUGGUAAUUUUGUAACAGCCUCUACCCGUCACGUGCGCGCAGCGGUUUCCAUCCUCCCACACAGUGCGAAAAGAUGAGUGAGUCACGUGACAUAGAACACACCUACGUACACCAUUCACAAUUAUCGCGCUCAAAAGUAUUUCACAAUGCGAACUGAAGUGACGAACGUGACCUUAAACCCACACAUUUCCAGUGACUUUUAAUUCCAUGUUGUACAAACGUAUGCAUUUCAGUUCGCUUUCGCGAACCAAUAUCAUCCAUAAUACGUUUUUUUUUUAGAUUAGAUCGCAUGAACAUAAAUGUGUUGUU